GUUCAGGACUGUUUAGAAAAGCUGGAUGAGCACAAGUCCAUGGGGCCAGAUGCGCUGCAUCCGAAGGUUGCCGUCUUUUGUGGAUGGCAUUCUUAGCCACUUAUUUCUCCCCAUGCAUUGUAUAGGGAGCCAACUGAGCUUUGUGGAUCAUAGUGUGUUUCUGUCAUUUUCUAGGUGCUAUGACAUUCAGCAUUGCAACACCUAAGUCCCUUUGUGGAUCCCACCCAAAGUACAUUACAAAAAGGGAGUAGCACUAUUAUCUCAAUUUUUAGAUGGAGAAACUGACCAGGCAGAGUGCCUUGCUGCAGUGAUUAGGACUGGGAAGCAAAUCUGAUUCCCAGACUUGUACCCAGCCCAGUCCCUAGUUGCUAUCAGUGCUCUUGUUGUGAUUUGCACCAUUACUGCAGAAUUGUGCCGUGGGAAAUGCCUGUUGUUAUUUUCUGUUAUUUGGAUGUCACUGUUUCCACUUGCACUUUCUAUCCCACAGCCCCUGUGCCUUUGCUGAUGGAGAAUCGUGUCUUGCUUUUUUGACACUUUUAGACUGUUAAUUUGCUUGGGAUAAGGCUUUAUUAUUUCAUUGGAAAAAUGAAACAGUCCAAAGCCAUUUCUUUUAGUUUUCCUUUCCCCCCAGAUCUCGUCAUCCUCUUGAUUUGCAGGUAGAACACAGGGGGCUCAGAUAAGUGUGUGUGGGGAAGGGAGAGCGGUGUUAAAAUCUGUACUUCAGACAAUACAAUGAGGAAAAUAAUGAAGCAUGUGAAAGAGGAAGAUACCUACUUUAUCUGACUCAUGUUUUAAAAGGGCUGUGUGUGUGGUGGGUGCUGGGCUACUAGUCUUGGACUAGCCAAGGCUUGCUGUAGAGGCCUGCACAUUUCAUUUCAAUUCCCCAGAUGAAAAGGUGAUGCUGGCUAAUUUGAAUCUAGACAUUAAGACCCCAUUUCAAAACUCAGUCAAUUAAGCUCUCUUUUCCUCCCCAGCCCGUGGGCCUUGGUUUGUUAUUAAUCAGCAGACAGGGAAAUUGCUUUCACCCUAGAACUUGCACUUUCUUUGUUGGAAGCAAAACACUGAUCUGAUCUUGCACGAUGGAAGAGGCUUUUAUGCCUGUUGGACGUGAGUGUGGGAUUGCCUCCCAGAAGAGAGCUGUUUAACACAGGUCCUAUGGGUUAGAGUGGGAGAGACAGAUUACUGACUGAGUAUGGGGGGUCCAGCUGGAGUUCCAGGUCCAGUGGUGGAUUCCAUUCACUGGGACAUAUGUUAGCAAGCAGGAUUCUUUCUCUGGAAGCCACACUUGGGCAUGGGUUUUAGUGCUCUAGAGGAUUAAGUUUCAGAAAGGCAUGUUUGAAAUCUUUAUAAAAUAGAUUCUACAGCACUGGUCCCAAAUGCUGUAGUGACUCCACUGUAAACUCUAGCCUUAGAGAUCAUGAUUGCAGAGCCCUGCAAUAUUGCUUUCUGUGAGGGCUCCUAACUUAUGAUCUCUGAUUUAUGGGGAAAGGGUCCCUUUUUCCCCAUGUCCACAUUCUGGAGAGAUGAACUACUCUAGUUUGUACUCUUACAAUGCCUUUCACUUUGCCUGUGAAUUAUGCCUCCCACCAUCCCUCUGCAGAGUAUCUUUCAUAUAAGGGAAAACAGGCACUAAAACAUAAGAUCAUAGAGGAUCUGCUACCUGUCACACUGCCCACACCCUUCUCACGACAGGACGCCACCGAGGAGCCUCGUGUAUGUCGCAAUGUAACUUCUCUCACCCCACCCCUGAUGGGCAAGUGUGUGGCCUCAGGGCAGGGCUGGCACCAUGCCGGGUGUACUGAGCAUGCGGAGCAAUCACACUGGCUUCCAGGGUAGCAUAAAAACCUCUGCCAGUGACUUCAUCGUGACAGAAAUUGAUACCCUCGGGCGGCUGCUUAGCGGCAGCACAGCCGAGACUCUUCAUGCAUUCGGUGACGCUCCUGCAGCCCCAAACAGCUGCUGCCCACAGAGUCCCCACAGGCCCUGGCCAGAGCCUCCGGAACUGCACAGAGAAGAGGUGCUAGGCCCAUUCGACAGCCCCGGUCAUGCUCCAGAAGAUGGCCUGUCGCCAGCCAAGGGCAGCACAGAGCACAUGGUUAGAGCUUCACCUGAAGGUGGGCGCCAUGAGGCAGGUACAUUGGACUCCUUGUUAGACGAGUCUGUGAAUGAACUGUUGAAUCAGUUUGCUUGUAACAUAAAAGAUAGGUGGGACUCAGAACAUGAUCCAGCUGCUCAUCCAGCUGAGUUCUCACUGGGGCCAGUCCUUGCCAAGAGGAAUCGAGCUGAUUUACACAGCGCCAUUAGACAGAAAUUUCCUUUCUUAAUGACUGUUACAAAGAAUAAUGAAAUUAUUGUCAAAGCAAACACUGAUUACAAACAGCUCUGUCAACUAGUGUCUGAGGAGGAAGCAUUUGAUUUUUUUAAAUUUUUAGAUGCAAAACUGGAAAACUCUAAAUUUUCUUUUAAGCCUGAUGGGAAUAAGGAGCACAGAAAGACAGUCCACCAUUUUGUCAGUCAGAAGUUUGGAAAACUUGUAGAAACAAAGUCUUUUUCUGUGACAGACUUUAAUGGUCAGCAAAAUGUAGCAAUAAUAGUAAGGUUUCGGGAGAAGAGUUGGUCCAGGAAAAGGCCGGCUGCUGAUUGCCAGGAAAAACAAGAUGUUUAUACAGGUUUUACCCUUCGAAAAGAAAAUCUGGAAACACUAGAAGCAAUUAGCUAUUUGUCUUCUGAACUUGGUGUUCUUCCUUCAGACUUCAGUUACACAGGCAUAAAAGACAAAAAGGCCAUCACCUACCAAGCUAUGGUUGUGAAAAAAGUGACUCCUGAGAGGUUGAAAGAAAUUGGAAGCACAAUUGAAAAAAAAGGAAUGAAAGUGUAUAAUAUCCAUUCAGUGUGCCAACACCUUAGACUCGGUCAGCUGAAGGGGAACCACUUUGAUAUUAUUUUGAGAGAUCUAAAACAUCAGAGUAAUGACUCUUCUGCAGAUCUGAAAGAGAGAAUAUCUGAAGCAUUUGAGAAUGUUAAGACAAAAGGUUUUGUAAACUACUAUGGACCUCAGCGAUUUGGGCAUGGACAGAAUGUUCGGACAGAUCAAAUUGGAUUGGCUUUGCUGAAUGAAGAAAUGGUAAAAGCCAUUAAGUUGUUUUUCACACCAGAAGAUACAGAUGAUCCUGUAAACCAGGCAAAGAGAUAUUUUCUUCAAAGCGAUGAUGCAAAGGGAACCCUGGCAAUGUUGCCUGAAUUUAAAGUAAGAGAGAAGAUGUUGCUUCGUGCCUUGAAUCGUUAUGGUGUAAACCAUGAGGGUUGUACACGAGGAUGGCUCAGCAUUCCUCAUUCCAUGCGUAUAUUCUACAUUCAUGCAUAUUGCAGUAAAAUUUGGAAUGAAGCCACAUCUUUUAGGUUUAUGACCUAUGGUUCAAAAGUAGUGGAGGGUGAUCUGGUCCUCUCUGAAGAAAAUGUUGAUGAAAAUUCUUCUCUGAAUGACAAAGUUCACGUAGUAACUGCUCCAGAAGAGUCCACUAACAAAUAUGCAAUACAUCAGGUGGUUCUUCCAAUGGUUGGACACAGUAUCAAGUAUCCCAAUAAUAAAGUUGGGCAGUGGUACCAUGAAAGGCUUGCCAAGGAUGGGCUGCAGACAUGCAGGUUCAGGGUGUCUGCAUUACAGCUGAACACACCUGGAUGCUACAGACACAUUUUGAAAUAUAUCCACAAUCUGUCAUAUCAUUUCUUAGAAGACAAUGAAAAGGAAAUCAAAACCGAAGAAGACAGUCACCUAAAUGAAUCUCAAGCAUCUCUUCUUUUGUCAUUUGACCUUGAUCCGUCAUGUUAUGCAACUGUUUGUCUGAGGGAAAUAAUGAAAUGUGACCUUUAGAAUGUUCAUAGUAAAAAGUUACAGGAGUAACAUAAUCCAUGGAGGUAUUUUAUAUAUGUUGCCCAUAAAAUAGGGAAAGCUAAUCUUGUUCAUCAUGUACAGUGUAGUUCAGAAAGAAUUAAUGAAUUACUUAGGGUUUUAUUACUUUGUUUUUAAAACUAAAUUUGUGGUCCUGAGUACAUUGGAGCCAAACAAUACUAAACUAUAUAUAAUGUCAUACUUACUUAGAGAAGCCAAGAGCUGCAGGUCUGGCUUUUAACCAGUGAUAUUUGCACAAGCUUUACAUCGCAUGACCAAAGCUGGAUUCUGGAGAAAGGGGAAUAUGGUGAAUGGUCAUUUCCUCCUUGCCUUUUCUAUUACCAUCUUAAGGGCUGGUUAUAUAUUUGGUGCUGUACAAGACACACAAAGACCGCUUCUGCCACAACGUGUUUACAAUCUAGUACUAUCUGUCUACUAGGAAAGCUGCCGUAUCAUAGUGAACAUCCAGGCCUGUUGAAACCUUGCUGAGUUCUAAGUCCCAUUCAUCCUCACCUGUUUUCGCUGUGCAUAUGACUCCAGAGCUAAAAGGAUAUGUGAGGUGAGUAAUAGUGCUGAGUAAUCCUGCUGAUUGUAGGACGCUUCUUUAAGCUCACAGCAUGCUCGUCUGUCAGUCAUUCCUGUACUGAGAAAUUUGAAGAAAAAAAAACAGGCUCAAAAUAAAAAUGUAUGUAAACAGGAACUUCAGGACCCAGGGGUAAGCAUGCCAUUAAUACACUUACAGAAGAGUACUAAUGUUUUUUUUUCUGACUUCAGGCAGUGUGCUCGUUGCUGGUCAAACCUGCUCACUGCACAAGCUUAAGGUUGUGAGGAAAUCUUGCAGUGAUUGUCACUAGAACCUUGCCAUUAUCACGGUUAAAAGUUAUUUAUAAAAUUCUUCUGUGAAAGAAGUUUGUAAAAAGAUGAUAUUGGCAUGGAAGGGCAGAAAAUUGAAUAAUAAACUAAGAAGCAAAACUAUCACAAAAGCUUUGAGUUACAUAUGUUAUAUUUAAUCUGUAGAUGGCACUGUGACUUAAAAAUAACCAGUGGAAGAGAACUACUUUGGCCAUUUUUGAGAGAAGUGAUGUGUAAGUUACAAAUGCUUCAAUUUUCUCAGACUCUGGUAAACACAACACUGAUUUACUUUUGUCUGUGACCCCAGUCCUGUAAUUCUUGCUCAAUCUUUAGCAAGGCAAAUAUUCCAGGGUUGAUUCAUCACUCCUUUUCACCAGUUUGACAGAAGUGUAAUUCCAGUGACUUCAAUGGAGGUGUAAAAAUGGUCAUCUAGAAUGAAGGAUCAGGUCCCCAUUGUGUUUGUCUUUGUAAGGCAUAAGUAAGCAUUGCAGGAUUUGGCACUGAAGUGUCAGGUGGGAAAUAAACUCUUAUGCCAGUAAUAUUUGCAGUGUUAUUGUACACUAAAUAAACUAUUGUGACUAUU